AGGGAGGAAGUUUCCUAUAAAACUGCGACACUUACAAUCGUUGAAGCAGAUCAUCCACAGACAGUGGACAGAGACACAUCGGCAAAUAUUGUGUGAUCAACAGAGAGAGAGACAGAGAGCAACGGAAAACAGAGAGAAAUUUACCUGAGUAUCUACCUUAAGAAAAAGUACCUAAUUCAGGAUACAAACAAAUAAUUUACCAAGAUGAAGCUGUUCUUUGCGAUCGUCGUAUUGAUGUUGCACACUGCCAUGGCCACAGAUUCCAGAGUCGAAUGUCGUAAGCCGGCCGAUCUGUAUUUCAUCGUGGACGCCUCCGACAGUAUGUCGACACAGAACUUUCAGCAAGAGCUGGAUUUUGUGAACAACGUUACUGGCGGUUUGAUGCUGAACAGCACAAACGGUUUCUCUGUCGGCGUCGUCGUCUUUAGCCAAAACCUCCAGGAGAUAAACCUGGGCAGUUUCAACACAAAGACCACUCUCCGAAAUGCCGUUAACAAGCUGAACCAUGACAGAGACGGCACCUUAACUCACCUGAUCCAGCGAAUGACAAACUCGUUUCAGACUUACGGACGCUCCAACGUGCAGCGAAUCGCAAUUCUCCUUACAGACGGCCGCUCCAAGUUUCCCGAUCAGACGACGUCCGCUGCAGCCAUUGCUCGGGCCAAUGAUAUCCUCAUGAUUGCAGUUGGUAUCGGAUCCCAGAUCAACAACGAAGAGAUGUACAGCAUUGCUUCCAGACCUGAUCUUGUCUUCCUCGUACCCGACUUUGAAGCUCUCAUAAACCUGACUAAGCAAAUCACCAUCAAAGUCUGUCCAGUACCUACAACAUCAACGACGACGACAACCACUACUACAACGACGACGACAACAACAACAACAACAACAGCCCCAGCAACAACAACAACACCCCCAGCAACAACAACAACAGCCCAGUCUACAGUCAGUAAUAUUUUCUUUCCACAAUUUAUGAGGCCCUCAUCUGUAAUAAUUGUGUAG